UGCAGUGGCAGCGGCGACUGCUGGAAGCUCUUAAGUGGCCCAGGUACUGCUGCCUCUGACACUCGGGAAUAAGGCGCUCAUUUGGCUGCUGGCCGGCUGAUCAUCCUUCGCUCCAGGCUCUCAGCAGAGGCAACAGUCUUCUGUCCGAUUUGGGCACGUGAGUGCUGCAAACCCAGACAGUGAGCAGGUAUGAAGAGCCCUCACAAAAAAGCUGCUGCAAAAGAGCAAAUGGGAGAAGCCGUAGGUCACCACGUUGGCUCUACCCCCAUCAAGAAGAAAAAAGCUUCUCAGAAGAGGCAGAGGAGCAGAUCUUCAUCCCGGCCCCGAAGGAACAUCGUGGGCUGCAGAAUUUCUCACGGGUGGAAGGAAGGAGACGAGCCAAUCACACAGUGGAAAGGAACUGUGCUGGAUCAGGUGCCUAUAAACCCCUCUCUCUACCUGGUGAAAUAUGAUGGGAUUGACUGUGUCUAUGGACUGGAACUUCACAGAGAUGAAAGGAUUUUAAAGCUUAAAAUCCUUCCUGAUAAGGUGUCCUUUUCUCGAGUCAGCGAUGUGCGCCUUGCUAAUACCAUAAUUGGCAAAGCAGUGGAACACAUGUUUGAGGGUGAGCGUGGCUGUAAGGAGGAAUGGAGGGGCAUGGUUCUGGCUCAAGCGCCUAUCAUGAACGCCUGGUUUUACAUUACUUAUGAGAAAGAUCCGGUGCUGUACAUGUACCAGCUUCUGGAUGAUUAUAAAGAGGGCGACCUCCGUAUCAUGCCAGAGUCCAAUGCAUCUCCUCCAGCAGACAGGGAGCCAGAAGGAGUUGUAGAUGGCCUGAUAGGUAAACAUGUGGAAUACACCAAAGAAGAUGGCUCCAAGAGGACAGGCAAGGUCAUUCACCAAGUUAAAGCCAAGCCCUCUGUGUACUUCAUCAAGUUUGACGAUGAUUUCCAUAUCUAUGUCUAUGACUUGGUGAAAAAGAACUCUUAGGGUCAAAUUUACUUAGCGUGGGGGAAGCAAAGGUGUAUGUUGUAGAUGCGCAAAAAAAUUAAUUUUUCAAUGUAUUAAAAGCCUGAGAGUUUCUGAUAACCCAGAAUCUUUGCCAGUAUUGCUGUUGUUUUUGUUCUGCAAACUACCAAUCUGUGGACAUGACCUGUUAAAUGUAAAAACGAUGUCUUGUGUAAGAGAUGAGUAUGUUUGAUGGAUGGGAUAUGAAGGAACAGCUGUCAAUCUAACCUGUGAAUAAA